CUCGAGCGGAGCUCGAGAGAGAACCCGAGAAAUUGACGAGAAUUUGCCGCUGCAUCCACGAUGGGUCGUGUGAUUCGAGCACAGAGGAAGGGAGCGGGAAGUAUUUUCCGAUCCCACACUCACCGAAGGAAAGGGCCUGCCCGGUUCAGGUCGCUCGAUUACGCCGAGAGAAAUGGCUACAUCAAGGGUGUCGUUUCGGAUGUUAUCCACGAUUCUGGCCGUGGAGCUCCUCUGGCCAAGGUGACCUUCAGACAUGCGUUCAGAUUCAAGCACCAAAAGGAGCUCUUUGUCGCCGCUGAGGGUAUGUACACCGGUCAGUUCUUGUACUGUGGAAAGAAGGCUGCCUUGACUGUCGGCAAUGUUUUGCCCCUUCGAUCGGUUCCCGAGGGAGCUGUCGUCUGCAAUGUUGAGCACCGUAUGGGAGACAGGGGUGCGUUUGCCCGCGCUUCUGGUGAUUACGUCAUCGUUAUCAGUCACAACCCUGAUAACGGAACCUCUCGUAUUAAAUUGCCAUCUGGAGCUAAGAAGAUCGUUCCAAGUGGAUGUCGUGCCAUGAUUGGGCAAGUUGCCGGAGGGGGACGUACCGAGAAGCCCAUGUUGAAGGCUGGAAACGCUUACCACAAGUACAAGGUGAAGCGAAACAGCUGGCCUAAGGUUCGUGGUGUGGCUAUGAACCCAGUUGAGCAUCCUCACGGAGGAGGUAACCAUCAACAUAUUGGUCAUGCCAGUACUGUGCGUCGUGACGCACCGCCCGGUCAAAAGGUUGGUCUUAUUGCUGCCCGCAGAACCGGACGUCUGCGAGGACAAGCCGCAACUGCCGCUGCCAAGACCGACAAAAGUUAAGAUUAAUUGUCAUCACACUCCUGGCCCAGCCACAGCACUAGAUUUAUUCCAGUUCUUGCGAUUACUUCUCAGUUCACUUGAGCUGAUCUGUACGAAGGGUAUGAUUUUCCAUCUCUUCACAAGCAAUUUUGCUGAAAGAGUCUACUACCAUCAACCGCGACUUGCUGUACGAUAUUUGAUUUCGGCUUGUGUUGGGGAAUGCCAUGCAAAUUUGCCCUCUUUCCUUGGCUCGGCAGUCUUCGGAACAUCUGGAAUAUGUCAUGGUGGAUUGUGGGACUCCGUGAGCUCGAUUCCUUCUUUGAGCGGUGUCUUAAACACAUUUUAUGUUCAUAUGAGUAUGUGGUUCUAAUUUCUAACUCGUAUGCUUCUG